AUGGAUAUUCUCAAGGUGUUGUCCCGCGGGACCAAGCGCACGGCCAAGGGCGCAGGGCAUGCUGGCAGUACGCCGGCCAAACUGCCAUCGUCGACCAGCGUCGCGGCCACCAACCCGCAACUGUACCACGACGAGGUGCGCGGGCAGAAGCGCAAGCGAUCGAAGACGGCGAGGCAGGCUACAGACUACCACGCGACAGAGGAAUUGCCCCAAGUUGACUUCUUCGCCCCCCAAAACGAACCAAACCCCAAGCCACACGACUCGGCAAGCAAGAACGGCGAGCGAGCCUCGAGCCCCGUACCCAAACCCGCGAAGCGAAUCACCGAAGACGAGUGCCGGCAGAUCCUGAGGUCACACCGUCUUAAGGUGACGCUCAUGUCGAAGCAGGAAGACGAACCCAAGAAGGUCAAGAAGAGCAAGAAGAAGUCGACGGCGGCGGCGACCGAGGAAUCCAAAAAGGACGACAAGAAGAAGGCGCAGUUGUUUCCGCAACCACUGGAGACAUUUGGUCAGCUUCGAAGCACCUAUAGGAUCUCGCGGCGCGUGUCUGAGAAUUUGGUGGCGCAGAGCUAUCGCGUGCCCACAGAGGUACAGUUGGGCAGCCUCCCGCUGCUUCUGCAGCCCGAGCAGGCGCUCGGGGACUACGAUGUAGAAGGUCUGGAGAAUGGUGUCGACUUUUUGGCCGUGGCGCCGACGGGCAGCGGCAAGACGAUCAGUUUCCUGCUCCCAGCCAUCAAUCACAUCAUGCGACGCAGGGGCAUGAAUCCCAAUGACCCCGGGGCGACUACGACACAACACGACCUCGAGGCUGUCAUUUUGGUGCCGACGAGAGAGCUGGCACAUCAGAUUGCCAAUGAGGGGCUCAAGCUGCUGCAAGGAACUAGUAUCAAGAUCAUGGCCAUGAAGAAGCAGAUGAACCUGGAAACGGAGGAGCGGGAGCUGGCGGAGGACAGCGAAAGCGAAAACGAGGACGACGACGAAAACGAUGACGAAGACAGUGAGGACAGUGAGGACAACAAACAUAACAAAGAAGGAAGGCCAAAACGUAUCAACAAAGCAACGGCAGCGAAGCCUGAUAUUCUGGUGACUACACCUCAGCUGUUGUUAAACUUUCUUACCGCGAGAUCUGCGACGACUCAUCGCGUGCUACCCGACGUGAGAGAUUUAAUUCUGGACGAGGCGGAUGUGCUCUUGGAUGAGCUCUUCCGCGAGGCGACAAUGGGUGUCUGGUCCGCGUGCACCAACGCAGACUUGCGCGUCUCGUUCUGGUCAGCUACGAUGGGGUCCAACAUUGAAACACUCAUCACAGACAAGCUGCAAUCGAGAGCUCAGAGGCUAGGCGUACAGCCCAAGCCGUUUGUGCGCUUAGUUGUCGGCUUAAAAGACACUGCCGUGCCCAAUAUUGUUCACAAACUCGUCUACACAGCCAGCGAGCAGGGCAAGCUGCUCGCCCUCCGCCAGCUCCUGCACCCGACGUCGGCGGACGACUCAGGUCCGCCCCUGCGGCCGCCGUUUCUCGUGUUUACGCAAACAAUUGACCGCGCGGCGGCGCUCCACGAGGAGCUCAAGUUCGACAUCCCGCUCGAGGCGGGCGGCGCGGCGCGCAUCGCCGCGCUGCACAGCGGCCUGCCCGAGUCGGCGCGCGCCUCCAUCAUGCGCGCGUUUCGCGCCGGCGACAUCUGGGUGCUCGUGACGACGGAUGUGCUCGCGCGCGGCGUCGACUUUGCCGGCGUCAACGGCGUCGUCAACUACGACGUGCCGGGCUCGAGCGCGGCCUACGUGCACCGCGCGGGCCGCACGGGGCGGGCCGGCCGCGAGGGCGGCGUCGCCGUCACCUUUUACACAAAAGAGGACAUUCCGUUUGUCAAGACGGUUGCCAACGCGGGGGCGGGGGCCGGUGAGAGCACCGUCCAGAAGUGGCUGCUCAACGCGCUGCCCAAAGUCAACAAGGCCGACCGCAAGACGCUGCGGGAGCGCGGCGUCGCGUCGCGCCGCACCGGGGCGACCAAGGCGAGGAUCACGUCGACGAGCGGCUACGACCGGCGCAAGGCGAACAAUAGACAAGGCGCCAUCGAAGGCAGCAAGAGGCGGAAGACGCAGCAAGAUGACGGCGGCGAUGAGGAGGAUGCCGGGUGGGGAGGCAUUGAUGACUAG